UCACUCUAGACGCCCCUUCUCCCUCUCUCUCGAAUCCUCCUCGAUUUGUCGUUGCUUUCACGCUCCCCCCACCAUUGUUGCCCAUCCUAUCAAAAACCUUUCUCAAUUUUACACAAAUCUUUUCAAUUUCUUCUUUAUUUUGCUCCUCCUGCAAUUUUUAUUCACAACCACGAUCCAGAGUUUAUUCAUCUAUAAUGCAACGGCUCGUUGACAAUGUCCUCGCCGUUACCAAAGAGUCUGUGAAAAUUUUCACUUAUGAGGCUUUGAACAACUUUGUGAGACUUGUCAAUGGAAUGUCAGCACUUCUGCUAGCUGUCUUACCUGGGAAGAGUUUAAUUCUUGAAGGUAUCCAUGAAUGGGAGCUUAGGCCAACAUUUCGUGGGCCACGGCUUCCACGUUGGAUGGAAGAUGGUGCUUCAUCUUUCAACAAGUUCAUCCAUGAACUGUCUGUGGACUCUGAUACAUCAUCAAAUGAAGAUUACAUGUCAGACGAAGAUAGUGAUGGCAUAAUUCCUGCAUCUCCUUUAUCUCAUAGCUCUAGGUUCUCUAGAGCUAGUAGUUUUUCCAAACCCAACAGGCAUUCAUCUGGCUGGAUUAAAUGCUUGAUUUUGUGGAUUCUCUUUCCUUUGAGAAUCCUUCUCAUUAUACCAUCGUAUCUGUAUAAUAUAACACAUUCUAGUAGUUCAACAGUCCAGGCUAAACCUGAAAAUCGUUAUCCACCAAGUCCUCAUUCUAGGAAGAAAUCAAGCACAAUGAAGGACCAUUUUGUUCAGAGUGCUACGGAUCGGAGAAGGGGAGUUGUGGAGGAUCUCCAUCUAGGUAUAGAGAUUGCAAUAGAAGCCAUAUUUGAUAUCGUCCACAAGGUAGCAUACUGUGUUUUUUCACCAUUGGAAUCGUUCAAGAAACUUUUGCAUUGGUUCUCCUCUAGAAGUAAAGGGAGCAAAGCUAUGGAAUCAGACACAGUGGAUGCUACGGUAAUGACUGCAACCCUUGGACAAAAUGAUGCGGCCGUUACUGAAAGGAAAACGACUCUGCACAAUUCCCUGAAUACCGAUGCUCGAACUUGUCAAGAUGUCAUAACAGAACUGGGGUAUCCUUAUGAGGCUAUUCGUGUGGUAACAGCUGAUGGGUAUAUUCUAUUGUUAGAAAGAAUUCCAAGACGUGAUUCCAGGAAAGCCAUAUAUCUACAACAUGGAGUGCUCGACUCAUCUAUGGGGUGGGUAUCUAAAGGAGUUGUUGGUUCACCUGUUUUUGCAGCAUUUGAUCAAGGAUACGAUGUUUUCCUUGGAAAUUUACGCGGUUUGGUUUCCCGUGAACAUAUUGACAAAAAUAUCUCCUCAAGACAGUAUUGGCAUUACUCCAUUAACGAGCAUGGUACAGAAGAUGUACCAGCAAUGAUCGAGAAAAUUCACGAAGUGAAGACGGCAGAGUUGAAGUUGAUACAUCCCGAUCAAGUAGUAGAAGAUGAUACCAACACCGAAAAACAACCUUACAAACUUUGUGCCAUUUGUCACAGCCUGGGUGGGGCUGCCAUGCUUAUGUAUGUCAUCACUCGUCGAAUAGAAGAAAAGCCUCACAGGCUAGCGAGAUUAAUCCUACUCUCUCCAGCAGGUUUUCAUCACGAUUCUACAGUAGUCUUCACUGUCGUCCAAUACCUCCUCCUCCUCAUUACCCCAAUCAUAGCACCCAUUGUCCCGGCUUUCUACAUCCCCACAAGAUUCUUCCGGAUGCUUCUAAACAAGUUGGCUCGCGACUUCCACAACUACCCUGCCUUAGGAGGACUCGUUCAAACCUUAGUCAGUUAUAUCGUUGGCGGCGACAGUUCGAACUGGAUUGGAGUAAUUGGAUUGCCACACUAUAACAUGAACGACAUGCCAGGAGUUUCGUUUCAGGUGGCUCAUCAUUUAGCUCAGAUGAAACGGGCUGGCAGGUUUAUAAUGUUCGAUUACGGAAGCAAAUCUGCUAAUAUGAAGGCUUAUGGAUCGCCUGAACCUUUGGAUUUGGGGGAGUAUUAUGGGCUGAUUGAUUUUCCUGUUGAUCUUGUUGCUGGGCGGAAAGAUAAGGUUGUGAGACCAUCGAUGGUGAAAUUUCAUCAUGAUUUGAUGAAGAGUGCAGGCGUGCAGGAGGUUACUUAUAAUGAGUUUGAGUAUGCGCAUUUGGAUUUUACUUUCUCCCAUCGGGAGGAGUUGUUGGCUUAUGUUAUGUCGCGGUUGAAUCUUGUGGAGCCAAACCAGAAGUCUGUGCAGAAGCAGAGCUCGAAGACGAGGAAGAAGGAUCAUACCAAAGAAAUUUGUUCUGAUUAAAUCUUGCUGAUAAUUUGACAUCCAUGUUUUUCUUUGGUAGUUUGUUGUAUGUAUAUGUUUUUUUUUAAAUAUUAUUAUAUAUGGUCAUUAAGAGUUCUCUUUCUUUGCUACUUACUAUAAAGCGUGGUUAGAGGUGUACUAUGUUUUGUAUAGAUGAUAGUGCAUGAAAGUAGAGGCUCUAGACUUACUUUUGUUAUGGGUCGAAUUGGGCUAUAAAGAGUUUAGGGUUAAAGUUUGUGAAUAAAUUGUGGAAUGCCAUAGAGAUAUUCCUAAAUGUUACUAUUUGGUUUGGCUUGGCUUGGAUUUGCUAUUCA